AUGGAACAUCUCCUAUCUCCCAGGUCCAGUGGCUGGCGCCGUCGCAGCUUGGCGGUUUGUGCAUGUAACCGCGGGAGUCCUCUCGGUCAACAGUCAACGGUCAACGGUCAUCCGAGACCUGUGUGCGUCCUGCAGUUGAAGCACCUGAGGACCCUGCUGAGCCCUCAGGGCACCCUCUGUGGUGGGGUGGAACAGUUUGACUGCUGCCUCCGAAGGAGUAUUUACAAGAACAAGUUUGAGCUGACGUAUGUGGGACCCAGCCAGGUGAUAGUGAAGAACCUGUCUUCAGGGACCAGGGUGGUGCUCAAGUCCCACUAUGGCUAUGAGGUAGAAGAGGUGAAGAUCCUGGGGAAGGAACGGUACUUGGUGGCUCACACAUCGGACACGCUGCUGCUCAGAGACUUGAACACCAAUCGCCUCAGUGAGAUAGCCUGGCAGGGAUCUGGUGGCAAUGAGAAAUAUUUCUUUGAAAAUGAGAAUGUGUGCAUGAUCUUCAGUGCUGGAGAGCUUACCCUGGUGGAAUAUGGGAGUAAUGACUCCUUGGGUUCUGUACACACUGAAUUCAUGAACCCUCACCUCAUCAGCAUCCGUAUCAACAAGAGGUGCCAGCGAGGAAUGGAAGAUAAUAAGAAACUGGCUUAUCUUGUUGAUAUUAAGACUAUUGCUAUAGUGAACGAAGACAGCACCUAUGUCAGAGGGAAGCACUCAUCCUUCCCUGCCACAUAA